CUGGCUUCCCUUACUUCAUCCCCUCAGCUGCUCUAGCAUUUCGGUUCCCUGGCCCCCUGGUAAUGGAGACGGCCCUUUUCUAGAGUACCGCCACCAUGUCUCCAGAAAGGAAUCCCACCGAGACCUCCCCGUUGCUGGGUCCCCAAAGCAACGGCUCUACUACGGGGGCUAUCCCGAACAUCGGCCGCCCCGAUGUGGAAUCCGGCGAGCAGACGCCUUUGGCGCAGGAUGAGCAGACCAAGGAUGUCCCCGAGACCGGCAGGGGGCUGCGGUAUAUCCUGCCGGCUAUCUCUCUGGGAGUUUUCCUCUCCGCAGCCGACCAGACCAUCAUCAUGGCCAGUUACGGUCAGAUCGGCAGUGAUUUGGAGGCACUCAAUCUGACCAGCUGGAUCGCGACCUCUUACUUUCUUACCUUAACCUCGUUCCAGCCGCUGUAUGGCAAAUUGAGUGAUAUUUUCGGUCGCAAAGCGUGUCUUUUGUUCGCAUAUGCCAUCUUUGGCAUUGGUUGCUUGUUUUGCGGAAUUGCGCAGAAUAUUGACCAACUUAUCGCUGCUCGCGUUUUCCAAGGCAUUGGAGGCGGUGGCAUGACCACCGUCGUGAGCAUCCUGAUGAGCGAUAUUGUCCCUCUCCGCGAUCGGGGCGUUUGGCAGGGCGUCAUCAAUAUCAUCUACGCGACUGGCGCGGGCAUAGGAGCUCCUCUAGGUGGAAUCUUAGCCGACUUCAUCGGCUGGCGAUGGGCAUUCAUCGCUCAAGUUCCCCUCUGCAUCCUGGCCUUCAUCGCUGUUACCAUCUUGCUCGAUCUCCCCGCCCAAGAAGAUAGCCACUGGAAGGACAAGCUACGCCGCAUCGACUUCCCCGGCGCCAUUGUCCUCGUCGGCGCAGUCUUUGGUUUCCUCCUCGGUCUGGACCGUGGCAGCAACGUCUCCUGGACGAUCCCGAUCACCAUCGUCUCUCUGAGCGUCUCCACGGCCCUCUUCGCCCUCUUCAUCGUUGUCGAGGUCUACUACGCCGCCGAACCCUUCGCCCCCGGCCACAUCAUCUUCAACCGGGCCUUCUUUUCCGCGUACGCCUGUAACUUUUUCAGCUUUGGCGGCUGGCUCGCCGCCCUGUUCUACAUUCCCCUCUACUUCCAGGCCGUGGACGGUGUCUCUGCCACCGUUGCCGGAUUGCGUCUCCUCCCCAGCAUUAUCUCCGGCGUCAGCGGAUCUCUCUUCGCCGGCUACGUCAUGAAGUGGACGGGCAAGUUCUACUGGCUCACCGUCCUGGCAUACGGCGGUCUCACCCUAGGACUCACCACGAUCUUCCUUGCCUCCGGCGCCGUCACCGAGAGCACCACCCUCCUGGUGCUAGGUAUGGUAGCCUGCGCCUUUGGAAACGGCAUCGGCGUGACCUCCACCCUGAUCAGUCUCAUCUCCAACGCCACCCCCGAAGACCAAGCCGUCGUAACCGCCUGCUCAUACCUCUUCCGCUCCCUCGGCUCCGUAAUCGGCCUCUCCCUCUCCUCGACCGUCGUCCAACAACUCCUCCGCGACCGCCUCGCCUACGCCCUCCGCGACAGCAAAGACAUCGACGAGAUCGUCGACGGCGUCCGCCAAAGUCUCGACUUCAUCAAGACGCUCGAUCCCGCGGUCGGGAAGAUCGUGCGUAGCUGUUAUGGCUGGGCGACGAAUAAGGGCUUUUCCUUCAUGAUUGGCGUCGUGUUUUGUGCGUUGUUGAGUAGUUUGUUUAUUAAGGAGAUGAGGUUGUCGAGGUGAUUGCGUUGCAUUGCAUUGGAUUAGGUUGGCUUGGGUAGGGGGAGGAAUAAAGUCCCGUUGGGUAGGGAUUGACAAGUGAAAAGGGUUGGUUGGGUUGAUGCUUGAAUGCGGGUCCACUGCAUGGAUGGGAUGUCUAGGUUGGAGGGAGGACGUGGUCCCGUAUUGCUAUAUAUACCUGACUAUCCUGAUAUAUAAGGUAGAACUGACCACCACCCAAAUGUGGUGUUGGUCUAGAUGGUACGUCGCGUGACUUAGUACCGAGAUGAAAUCGAUAGAAGGCGGGAGGAGGUUACAUGGGCAUAUGCCGUAUAGCAUGUCUAUUGUCCGAGGGAGGGUGAAAGAUGCUAGCCUUGAACUUGACUAGGUUGAGUGUGGCAACUUGUUAGAAUAGGGGCUUGGUUUUGUACAUAUGCAUAUAGAGCUUAGGUCUGGCUUAGUAUGUAUACUAUUUGGUUUUAGGU